UACAAUAGCAACUAUACUAAGUAUAAUCAACGUUUUAAUUUCCAAGACCCUCAACUUAGGGUACUAUUAUAUUAUAGGCCAUAACCCUCGAUUACCCCUUUUUACCCUUAACUGUACUUACUUUACAUAAAGUCAAGUAGACGGCCCGUAGGCCCAUAUUCAUUUAGAAUUCACCAUUUCCAUUCCCCCGUGACCGCGAGUCACGAUAACCCCGUGGGGUCCCAUCGAGCCCCAAUUGUAUAGCAUGGGCUCGGCCCAACUACAUCUCUAUACAAUCCUCUAACUCGAUGUAUCAUAUCAACAUUUGUAUGGCAAGGGCUCGGCCCAACUACGUUUCCAUACCAACCAUAACUUCGUGGCAAGGGCUCGGCCCAACUACGUUUCCACGGAGGUCACAUAUACAUGGCAAGGGCUCGGCCCAACUACGUUUCCAUGCUAAUCAUAUUACAUGGCAUGGGCUCGGCCCAACUACAUCUCCAUGUCAUCCUAGAGUCCAACUCUAUUUAUUUUCAUAAUCAAAUCCUCAAGCAAGUCCUAUGCCUAGAAUCAAUUUCCGGAGGUGACCUUUAGGCCUACCCCUAAUCACUCCUUAGUGUUCAUACCAUUCAUCCUUAAGUAUCUCUUGAGACUACUUAAGGCAUAUCUAUUCACAAUCCUACCUCUUAGGAUUUAUUUCAUCAUUUAUUUAUAUUAAUUCCCCAACUAGUAUUUUGAUACUAAUUGGACAACCUUAGAACAUGCCAAGUUCCUAUUUCCCAUAUUGCAUUUCAUUUCCAUUGAUUUCUCAAUCCAAGUAUAGUUUAAUCUCAAUAUCAAAAAUAUCACUUUAAUUCAUUCAUGAAUCUCAUACAUGAAGUAAAGUAUAUUUUAUCACAAGGUCAUCUUAGUAAUUCCAUUAACAUGCCAUUCCAUUCAUUUCACAUAAUCAUACACAAUUAUUCUAAAUUUGUAUAUCAUGCUUCACUUACUCAUAUACAUAUUAUUUUCAUUUAGACAUUAUUAAUCUUUAAUAGUCCAUGAAAAUCCCAUCUAAUUACUUUAGGCAUUCUUAUGAAAUUAACUCACUAAUUAUAAGCAAUAUAGUCAGCCAUCCUCACCUUAUGAAGUGCUGAAAUAGUUGCCUUUGCCAAGCCCCUCGAUCAAUCCCCGUUCUAGGCCGAUUGGAGGUGUAAAACUGACCUGCUAGGCAAAAGCCGGGCGGCUUUCACGAAAGCUGGGCGGCUUUCGUGGUCUGCAACUACGACUAGCUCCUUUGAAGUGGCGGUUUCCGGCGGUUUCGACUCCUAUCGAUUGGCCAACCCUCCUAAGUUAAUUACCACCACUUUAUAUCAAUAUUCUACACUUUUAAACGUGUAGAGCUCAUGAUUUAAUCCAUCAUAUGAUUUCUUAAAAAUCAUGCACAAUAAAACUAGUUAAAGAGCUAUUUGGUGUUCUUACCUCAAGCCUAGCUCUUCUCCUUGGAUUCUCUAGCUUCUUCUUCCUCAAUGAGGCUUUGGGAAUUUGGUUUCCUGGAGGUCCUCACCUCUUGUGUCGGUCAUAUGAGUGUAGGGGUGGAGAUAGGGUUGCUUCUCAAUCAACACAAUUGAUUUGUGUGAGAUAGGACCCUUGGCAUAAGUUCUUGUCUCAAGGAGACUUCCUCCCUCCCCCUUGUGCGUACCAGCACGUCUUGCUGCUCCCCUCCCCCAUUAUUUGAUCAAUCAGCACCAAUAAAAACGUGGGGUGGCCCCCACUUAUGUGGGAGGCCAUCCCAUUACGUCCCGGUGUGUACAAUCGGCCCCGAAAGUUGUAUUUCUCGGCCCGUUUUAAUCAUAUUUUAUUUUAUCGGACCAAAUAAAAUAUAUCACGUGUUCCCAAUAAUUAUGGGCCUUUAGAAUAGAUGUACAUUCCCCAACAUUAAUUUUGGAGUCUCCGAAACUCAUUUCGGGCUGUUAUCCGCUCAAUCAUCAAUACCGGUAAUUGGGCCCCGUUUGACCAACCGGUCAACUCCAUGCCUUUCUUAUGGCCCAAAUAAAAUAUCCACCACCAUAUAUAUUAUCUAGACCAAGAUGAGUAUAAUAUGUGGUUCGGGAAUUAUCGGGCGGUCCCCGUUCCCGCUGUGGGCCCCACAUGCAAUUUACUAUUCACGUAAAAGAAUAACAAAAAUUUACAAUUACGCAAAUUCAUAAAUCAUCUUUCAAGGUUUAUUACAUAAUUUACUAAAAGUAAAUAUGCUCGGGGUCGGUGUUACAAAAACCGCACUUAUUCCGCAUGUGCGUGGACUACACGGAUCUCAACAAGGCGUGUCCCAUGGACCCCUUUCCUUUGCCAAAUAUUGAUCAACUUGUGGAUGAAUCCGCGGGGUGUGAAAUCAUUUCAUUCCUCGACGCAUUCCGCGGAUAUCAUCAAAUAUUUAUGCAUGAGGAAGACGCUGAAAAAACAGCCUUCAUGACUCCCGAGGGCAUCUUCUGCUACCUCGUCAUGGCCUUCGGCCUAAAGAACUCAGGCGCCACCUACACUCGGAUGGUGGCCAGGGUAUUCCAAGCUGUCCUAGGGCGUACCAUGGAGGCAUAUGUUGAUGACAUGAUCGUCAAAAACAAGCAGUCGGCAAGCCAUGCUGAUGACCUGAGGGAGAUCAUCGCCAUCAUGCAGAAGUUUAGCCUUCGGCUGAACCCAAAGAAGUGUACCUUCGGCGUUCAGGGGGGCAAAUUAUUGGGCUACAUGGUGAGCCGAAGGGGUAUCGAGGCCAACCCCGAGAAGAUCCAGGCCAUCAUCAACAUGGAGCCCCCACGCAACGUAAAAGAGGUCCAACGUUUGACGGGCCGCCCGGCAGCCCUCAAUCGCUUCUUAUCAAAAUCGGCGGAGAAGUCCUUACCCUUCUUCCAGGUCAUGAGAAAAACCGCCGGUUUCCAAUGGACUUCAGAAUGUCAGGGGGGCUUCGAGGAACUGAAACGGUACUUAUCUUCACCCCAUGUGCUCUCUAAACCCAAGGUGGGGGAGAUCCUAUACCUUUACCUGGGCGUUAGCCCGGCAGCCAUCAGCUCAGUGCUCAUCCGGGAGGAGGAUGGCAUCCAACAUGCCAUCUUCUAUGUUAGCAAGACCCUCAGGGAAGCGGAGCUCCGGUACUCCCCCGUGGAAAAAACGGUGUUGGCUAUCGUGUGGACCGUCAAGAAAUUGGGCCAUUACUUCCAAGCUCACCCGGUCCAGGUCCUCACUCACCAACCCCUCGGCGCCUUGAUGAGGAGCCCCACCAGCUCCUCCCGAAUGGUGAAAUGGGUUGUCUUCUUGAGCCAAUACAACAUCGACAUUCGUCCUAGGCCCGCCAUCAAGGGUCAAGCCCUAGCGGACUUCGUGACGGAAUGUACGGCAAGAUCAGCCGCGGACGAGGAGCCUUCGUUCCCUUCGGAUGAUUGGUGGACCCUCUACACCGACAGCUCCUCCGCCGUCAAGGCAUGUGGAGGAGGGGUGGUUCUCAUCUAACCCGAAGGCUUCCGGGCCUAUUACGCAGUCCGCUUCUCCUUCAAAGUCUCUAACAAUGAAGCCGAAUACGAGGCCCUCCUCUGUGGCCUUCGGCUGGCAGCUAAAAUGAAGGCCCGACAAAUUCACGUCAAGUGCGACUCUAAGUUAGUCGUCGGCCAAAUCUCCGGGGAGUACGAAGCCAAGGAAGGGAGAAUGAAGCAAUACAAGGAGGCGCAGCCAAGGAGUUGCUUAAGGUAUUUGAGGCGCACUCUCUUACUCAAAUACCGAGGGCUCAGAACUCCGAGGCCGACAUUUUAUCAAAGCUCUCGGCAGAAUCCCCUGAGCAUAUCUCGAAGAUUGCCAAAGUAGAAGAGCUCAGCCUUUCUAGCAUACAUGCUAGCCCCAUCAUGCACAUACAACAAAGGCAGGGUGACUGGAUCUCAGACAUUGUCGCCUUCAUCCUACAACGGGACAUUACUUCGGUGCCUUCACCAAGAUGAAGCCGAAGUGGCGAUGGAGGAAGUACACAGUGGCACUUGCUCAACUCACGAGGGACCCUUCUCCAUGUCCCGAAGGCUAAUAAUCCAGGGCUACUUCUGGCCUACGAUGGCCCGGGAUUGUGCAGAUCUUGCCCGGAGGUGUCCCGCAUGCCAACACUUCCAGAAAGCCCCCGACAGGCCAGCAGUCAACUAUGCCCCCAUCAGCACAUACAUACCCUUCGCUCGAUGGGGCAUAGACCUUGUGGGCCCUCUGCCGAGGGGUACCUCCAACAACAGGUACAUCAUCGUCGCCAUCGAUUACUUCACCGAAUGGGUGGAAGCGGAGCCCCUCGCCAGCAUUACUGAGGCCAGAUGUCGUCAUUUUGUUCUCAAAAACAUCCUCACAAGGUUUGGCGUCCCCCAGCAAAUCAUCUCUGACAACGGGACUCAGUUCGAGGCAGCCCCCUUCUGUGCCCUCCUGGAGGCAUGGGGCAUCAAACACACCUUCUCAUCCGUUGCCUACCCCCAAGGCAACGGACAGGUGGAGAAUGCCAACAGGACCUUGCUCGAGGGCCUAAAGAAGAAACUGGAGGCCGAAGGGGGUGGUUGUGUAGAAGAGCUCCACAACAUCUUAUGGGCCUACUGUACCACCCCUCAGCGGGCAACUGGCGAGACACCCUUCUCCCUUUGCUACGGAUUUGAAGCUAAGGCCCCCACUGAGGUAACUCUUCCAACCCGAAGGGUCACACAGUAUGAUCCGGAGGCCAACGAUGCCAAUAUGGCCCUCGACCUCCACCUUAUUUCAGAACGCCGAGAGCAAGCCUUCAUACGCGCAGAAAACUACCGAAGGCAAGUGAAGAGUUACAUUGACGCCAAGGUCCGCUCCCGGGAAUUCCAAGUGGGGGACUAUGUCCUCCCAAGGAGGGAAGCUAGCCAGCCAACCGAGGGCGGAAAGAUGGCACCAAAGUUCGAAGGCCCCUACAUCGUGGCAGCCAUCAUCAAACCAGGAACUUACAAGCUAAAACGCCCUAAUCGGACUGAAGUCCCUAGGCACUAGAAUGUACAUCACUUAGUUAAAUUUUAUCAAUAACAUCAGAACGACCAAGCCCUCAUAACUAGUGAAUGUAUUAUUUUACGGCUCAGGCCUAAAAAUUCUGAAGAACGAAGGCAUUUUGAAGACACCAAGAACACGGAACUGGAUUCUUACGAAGGGCCAAGCCCUCAUGUCACCCCCUGGCCCAAGGCCUUACCACGAGGAAGAACCCUCGGCACCAAGUGUUAGGAAAUUGAUGUAACGUACCUCGAAAGUACGGCAGCGGAUGUUUAAAAUUUUCCCAAACAGAUCUUCCCUGAUUAUGACAAAAUAACGAAUAUGAUAAUAAUAACAGAUCUGAGUUAAAACUUACAGAUCUUUUAGCCUAGCGGUGAUAAUCCUUGACCUUUGGUAUCCACGUGAUUUCUCCUUUCCGAAAGAACGGUUAGAUCUCCCUAAGAGAAAGGCUAGGAAAUCUCUUCGCAGGGAAAUAAACUGGUAAUACUGAAUCUAAAAUCUUGUCCAAAUUAUGAAGGAGAAUGGUGUAUUUAUACUAGUUCUAAACUAGUUUCCCAAUCACAAUGAAAAUCUUAGCUUAUUCAUUAAAGAGUUCUAAUCUAAUUAGGACCAAUCUCAUUUAUUUAAUCAAAUAAAUAAAUAAAA